GAGUGGAUGGGAAGGGAGGACUCACCAGCCAAUAACUACGGGAAUCUUCCCGUAAAAGGUCACGCACUGAUUAUUCAUUGGCAAUCUGCCAAAGCGCGCGCAUAUGUGUGUGUGUGUUUACUGGAAGAACCUCAGAGCUGAGGAGGUGGAGCCUUCCUCUACUCGUAGACCGCGGUAACACAGCUACCUCCGUUUGCUGGAGAGAGAGAGAGAGAGAGAGAGAGAAAGAGAGACAGAGAGAGAGAGAGAGAGAGAGAGUGAGAGAGUGAGUGCGUGCGAGAGAGAGGACACCGACGUCUUUACCGAUACAUUCCUCCGUCGGUUAGAAGAGGCCGUCUAUUCAGAGUUAAUGACAAAGUUAAUAAAUGAUUUAACACAUAGACAUUCGGGGACUUUGGAUAUUUUCUCCCUGGAGAGGAACGCUGGAGCCCGGGACAGGAACAAUCUCCAAGGUAAAUAAACAGGCUCCAUACCCGGGGCAUAGAGUGCUGCUGUUGCUGUACAUGGUGCAUAAAAUAGCAUACUGCAUAUGUGUGGAACAGUGCACAUGUUAAGCAAGACGUUGCAAUUGCGCAAAAACAUGAUUAUCAUAACGGCGAAAUGGGAAGCCAUUUGUGCCUCCAAAAACAUCACAGGGAACCAGCUAUACUACAGGCAGCUUAAUGGCGCAAUGCAGAACAGGACUUUGCUUUUGGGAUGUAUUAUACUCAUUCUCCUUAUUCCAGAUAGACAGUGCUAUGUUGUACACUCUUGGCAGGAAAUAUGCCUCAAAUAACCUUUUGGUGUUCAACAGAUUGCCACAUACCUUUUUUUUCAGGUCAAAACUGUUCCUUGAGGAACCGCUCUGAAAAAGUUCUUCCAGGAACCCCUGUGUAAAGCAUAUAACAGUAACAAUUUUGUGAUGCAAGGGGUUCAAUUUUGAACCUAUUCCAUAAUAUAUUGUAGUGGCAAUAGCCUAUCAGAAUAUCGGAGGCAUGACUUUUAGUUAUUUUUUCCCCCCUGUAAGAGUAAAUGUUAUUCAUGUUCAUCAUGUUAACCCUUUGCUAUAUUGAAACAUUAAAGGUUGUUCCAAGAAUCCCUCAACAAACCGAAGGUGCAAAUGUGAACCCAUUGACUGCAAUGGCUCCUUGAGGAACUCCAGGUUUCCUCGAGUCAGCCUACACUCUUAGAAUUAGGGGGUAAGUCACAUUUCUAUUUUGUGGCUGGAAGGGGCCCCAGCUCAGCUCAGACAGACACCAUGUUUAGCAGCUGCAGAGCGGGCAGUUAUGGCAUCUCUUGCCACUUCAAGUAACAACUAGCAUCGGUCCUUGGUGAAUGGAGAUCUAUUCAAUAUGGAGCUGGGCCCAUUGCAUCUUGCUCCAAAUGCACUGAUCAGCAGCACAGUGAGACGGCCAGACCCGCCCACCUGGGGGUAGCCUAUUUACCAUGAAACCCAAAUGCACUGAUCAGCAGCACAGUGAGACGGCCAGACCCACCCACCCGGGGGUAGCCUAUUUACCAUGAAACCGGAGAACCAUAGAGCUCUGCUGGUGAAAGCAGCAGGCUGCAUGGGAAUGAGGUUAUUUAUUCAGAAUGAACCUGGACUCAUUCAUAAUAACCCCCCCCCCCCCAGUGGUAAAAGAGAGUUUGAGUGUGUGUGUGUGUGUGUGUGUGUGUGUGUGUGUGUGUGUGUGUGUGUGUGUGUGUGUGUGUGUGUGUGUGUGUGUGUGUGUGUGUGUGUGUGUGUGUGUGUGUGUGUGUGUGUGUGUGUGUGUGUGUGUGUGUGUGUGUGUGAACACAGGUAUUUAGACCUUAACGUCAGAGAUGAUAAUGACCUGACUGACAACAGGGAUCAAGGUUCAAACCUCUAGCUGAAUGUUUGUGGGUGUGUAGCUAUGUGUGUUUUUAUGAAUGUGUUUUAUAUACAGAUGAUUUACUCCACCAUGUGUUGGCCUCCAUAUAGAAUCAGUGGAAAAAGACUACUUCACACCUUUGAAGUGUUCACGAGAAAAUGUAUGAUAACACAUUUCUGCCCCCUGCUCUCUCUCUCUCGCCUAUCUCUCUGCAGCUGUCUGCAGUGGGUGGUCUCUCUGAGGUCCUCUUUGGACUGCUCCUCAGUGUCAUCGCUCUGGGAAACGUGUGUGCACACCUCUCCCCCCUCCUUCCUCACGCCCUCACCCUUUCCCCACAUCGCAAACCCUCUUCAUCCCUUCUUCUCUCUCUCCCUCCUGCCCCCUACUCUUCCUCGCCCCUCCCUGCUCUGGACCCCCCACCCAUCGGUCAACGAGCCGAACGUGGGGGUCAGGGCGCCAUGGUAACCCACAGCAGGCGCGACCCCCCCACCAUGAGCAGCAUGACCCCCCCAGAGCCCAGAGGUCAGGGGUCUCAUGUGCACCCCCUGCGCUAUAAGCCCUUCAGCUCACAUGCACACUACCAACAGGUGCUGUGUGCGGUGCGUAAGCUACAAGAGAGUGGGUUCUACUGGGGUGCGGUGGGGGGUCGUGAGGCUAGCUCUCUGCUCCGCUCCCAGCCCCCCGGAACCUUCCUGGUUCGAGACUCAUCCGAUCACCACUACUUCUUCACACUGUCGGUCCAGACGGCCCGCGGGACCAAGAACCUCCGUAUCCACAGCCAGGGGGGAAGCUUUUACCUGCAACCCGACUCGUGCUGCACACACAUGCCCCCGCGCUUCGACUGUGUGCUCAAACUGAUUGGACACUACAUGGGGAAAGAGGGGCGAGGUGGAGAAGCAGCAGGAGGAGAGGAGGCUGGGGUAAGGGCGGGGGGAAGCACGGCUGCGGCGGCAGGGGAGACUGUGGGGUCGGGGACUGGGAGUGUGUAUCUGAUACACUCAGGGGGAGAGAAGGUUCCGUUGGAGCUGCGUCGACCCCUCCCCUCCUCCCUGUCCUCCCUCCAACACCUGUGUAGGAGGACCCUGAAUGGACACCUUGGGGGCUCAGCCAGCCCCGACACACACCAGCUCCCUCACACACUCAGGAACUUCUUGGAGGAGUACGAUGCCCCUAUCUAACACACACAUACACACAAAAACACACACACACACACCGUUCAGGUUUGGGGUUUUCCCCUCUAACGGUUGAGGAUAGGAUUUGGAAAGGGUAAGCUGUUCCAAAUCGAUGCCACUGCUUUCUUACCAAGGGGACCCUAUGAUAGGUAACCAUUGAUACUCCUGGACAGACCGUUAAUGGGAGUUAAGAUGAGACGGGGGGUUAAAAGUCAUUGCCCUCUCAGCCAGUGACCCAAUCUUCCAGCGGGUGCUGUGAUUGGGUAGUCAAAAAGAUUGAUAGGUCGAUAAUGCAGACCGUGGACAUGCCACACGUGCAUGCAAACACACACACAGUGACGUGUGUGGCUUUAGGAGUAUAGCCAGAAGGUUGUCUGGGGUUUGUUGUGCUGCUGUGGCUGAGGUAUAUCUCCUUCUAUUGAUCAAUAGAGGCUUUCAUCUCCUCCCUUUUUUCUCCUGUUUGACAUGUAGAAUGGGCUCAAUGGACUGUGAGAGGGAGGGAAAGGAAGCGAGAGACAAGGAGAGAGGCGUAAUGAGAGUGUCUGGAGAACAGCAGUGUGUCAAACGAAGGGGCCAAAAGCAGAGUGAAAGUGUUUGUGGUGUCGUACACAUUUCCACUGCUGUAUGCCAACUAGCAUAGCCUCAUAGGAGGGUGUGGAGGAUCAUGGCUGAAGACAGCCACGAGCCUCACAAACAUACACAAGACACCACGUACAUACAGCUUACAGUGCUGUGAAAAAGUAUUUCAAAUUUUCUCUACUUUUGCAUAUUGUUUUUAUUUUUUUCUCCCCAAUUUCAUGAUAUCCAAUUGUUUUUUAGUAGCUACUAUCUUGUCUCAUCGCUACCACUCCCGUAUGGGCUCGGAAGAGACAAAGGUUGAAAGUCAUGCGUCCUCCGAUACACAACCCAACCAAGCUGCACUGCUUCUUAAUACAGCGCAUCCAAUCCGGAAGCCACCCGUACCAAUGUGUCGGAGGAAACACCGUGCACCUGGCAACCUUGGUUAGCGCGCACUGCACCCGGCACGCCACAGGAGUCGCUGGUGCACAAUGAGACAAGGAUAUCCCUACCGGCCAAGCCCUCCCUAACCCGGACGACGCUAGGCCAAUUGUGCAUCGCCCCACGAACCUCCUGGUCGCGGUCGGUUACGACAGAGCCUGGGCACGAACCCAGAGUCUCUGAUGGCACAGCUGGCCCUUAACCACUGCGCCACCCGGGAGGCCUACUUUUGCAUAUUAUUGAUACUAAAUUAUCAUAUCUUCAACCCAAACUUAAUAUUAAAUACAGGGAACCUGAGUGAACAAAUAACAGUUAUAUACUUAUUUCAUAAACACAGUUAGGCAACACCCAAUGCCCCUGUGUGUGAAAGUAAUUGCCCCCUUACACUCAAUAACUGGUUGUGCCAUCUUUACCUGCAAUGACUGCAACCAAAUGCUUCCUGUAGUUCUUGAUCCGUCUCUCACGUCGCUGUGAAGGAAUUUUGGCCCACUCAUGCAUGCAGAACUGCUUUAAGUCAGUGACAUAGGUUUUCAAGCAUGAACUGUUCGUUUCAAGUCCUGUCACAUCUCAAUUGGGAUUAGGUCCGUACUUUGACAAGGCUUCAAAUUUGUUUCUUUUGAGACAUUUUCAUGUAGAAUUUGUUUGUUUUGCAUCAUUGUCUACCUGCGUGACCCAGCUGCGCUUCAGCUCACAGACGGAUGGCCUGAUAUUCUCCUGUAGAUUUCUCUGAUACAGAGUAGAAUUCAUGGUUCUGUCUAUUAAGGCAAGUGGUCCAGGUCCUGAGGCAGCUGUCAUGCAGCAAGACAAUGAUCCAAAACACACAAUCAUGUCUAUAUGAAAAUUGUUAAAAAGCAACACAUUUUAAGUUUUGGAAUGGCCUCAAAGUCCAGACCUAAUCCAAAUUGAGAUGUUGUUGGAGGACUUGAAACAAGCAGUUUAUGCAUGAAAUCCCACAAAUGUGGCUGAGUUAAAUCAGUUCUCCAUGCAAGAGUGGGCCUAAAUUCCACAAAAGCAAUGUUGGAAAAAAUAUGCAAAAAUAGAGAAUCCAAAAUGGGGCAAAUUAUUUUUCACAGCACUGUAACUGCAGCUUUGGUAGCUCUUUCUUCUGUUAGAAUGUGAUGGAGAUGCCUCUGUGUCUUUGUCUUUCUUCCCAUCUCUCCAUCCAUCUACUCGGAUGUAUGAUAACACUAACACCACUCGGUCACUUAUUUAUAUAAAUAGAUAGAUCUCUCUCUCACUCAACCCCAAAGCUAACAGUGGAUAUUAUUUUAGUUCCUGGCAGGCAGGAACAUGUGUCCCAAAUGCCACCUUAUUCCCUUUAAAGUGCACUAGCCCUGGUCAAAAGUUGUGCACUAUAUAAAAUUGGGUGCCAUUUGGGACACAUUCAGAAACAAAAACUGAAGCCGAACAUAGUCAGUAGUCCGGAUGG